GCGAGAAAGGGGCGGUGCGCGCUUGCUGUCCGGAGCGGAGCGGAGCGGAGCGGAGCUGACGGCGUCCGCGCCUCCUGCCGCGGUCCUCCCGACAUGCCGGAGGAGGCGGGCUUCCCGCCGGCCAAGAGAUUCCGGCCGGCCUCCUGCCCUCCCGGGAGGCGAGUGGUGAUGCUGCUGGCGGCUGGCGGCGGCGGCGGAGCAGGAGGAGGCCGGAGGCAGACGCCGCUGCUGGCCCAGCCCUCGGCCAGUCCCUACCGCGAGGCCCUGGAGCUGCAGCGCCGGAAUCUGCCCAUCUUUCGGGCGCGGGGGCAGCUAUUGGCCCAGCUCCGAAACCUGGACAGUGCGGUCCUCAUCGGGGAAACUGGCUCUGGGAAGACAACUCAGAUCCCACAGUACCUCUAUGAGGGGGGAAUUAGCCGCCAGGGCGUCAUUGCUGUGACCCAGCCCCGUCGAGUGGCUGCCAUCUCUCUUGCUACUAGAGUCUCAGAUGAGAAGAGGACUGAACUCGGGAAACUGGUUGGCUAUACUGUGCGCUUUGAGGAUGUCACUUCAGAAGACACCAGGAUCAAGUUCCUGACAGAUGGCAUGCUUCUUCGAGAAGCAAUUUCAGACUCCUUGCUUCGAAAGUACAGCUGUGUCAUUUUGGACGAGGCCCACGAGCGGACUAUCCACACAGAUGUGCUCUUUGGAGUGGUGAAGGCAGCUCAGAAGAGGCGGAAGGGGCUAGGGAAACUGCCUCUCAGAGUGAUUGUGAUGUCAGCUACCAUGGAUGUUGACCUGUUUUCUCAGUAUUUCAAUGGAGCCCCUGUCCUCUACCUUGAAGGUCGGCAGCAUCCGAUCCAGAUUUUCUAUACCAAGCAGCCUCAGCAGGAUUACCUGCAUGCAGCGCUUGUCUCAGUCUUCCAGAUCCACCAGGAAGCCCCCUCUUCCCAGGACAUCCUGGUCUUCCUUACUGGUCAGGAGGAGAUCGAAGCAAUGAGCAAGACCUGCCGAGACAUUGCAAAGCACCUCCCUGACGGCUGCCCUGCAAUGCUCGUCCUUCCUCUGUACGCCUCCCUGCCCUACUCACAGCAGCUUCGAGUCUUCCAAGGGGCCCCAAAGGGCUAUCGCAAAGUGAUCAUUUCAACCAACAUCGCCGAAACCUCCAUAACCAUUACAGGAAUAAAAUAUGUAGUUGACACGGGCAUGGUUAAAGCAAAGAAGUAUAACCCUGACAGUGGUCUUGAGGUACUAGCUGUACAGCGAGUGUCAAAGACACAGGCCUGGCAACGCACAGGGAGGGCUGGCCGAGAAGACAGUGGCAUCUGCUACCGGCUUUACACCGAGGAUGAGUUUGACAAGUUUGAGAAGAUGACGGUGCCAGAGAUCCAGAGGUGUAACCUGGCAAGUGUGAUACUGCAGCUCCUAGCGAUGAAAGUCCCCAAUGUGCUCACCUUUGACUUCAUGUCCAAACCAUCUCCAGAUCACAUUCAGGCGGCCAUUGCCCAACUGGACCUGUUAGGUGCUCUUGAACAUAAGGAUGACCAGCUUACCCUGACUCCAAUUGGAAGAAAGAUGGCAGCAUUUCCUUUAGAGCCCAAAUUUGCCAAAACUAUCCUCCUGUCCUCCAAAUUCCACUGUACGGAAGAGAUUCUGACCAUAGUCUCCCUGCUAUCUGUGGACAGUGUCCUUUACAACCCUCCUGCCCGGAGAGAUGAAGUGCAAAGUGUCCGGAAGAAAUUCAUAUCCAGUGAGGGGGAUCACAUCACCCUGCUCAAUAUCUAUCGGACCUUCAAAAACAUAGGUGGGAAUAAGGACUGGUGCAAAGAGAAUUUUGUCAACAGCAGGAAUAUGCUGCUUGUAGCUGAAGUCAGAGCACAGCUAAGGGAAAUCUGCUUAAAGAUGUCAAUGCCAAUCAUGUCAUCUCGAGGGGACAUGGAGAGUGUCCGUCGCUGCCUCGCUCACAGCCUCUUUAUGAGUACUGCCGAACUCCAGCCAGAUGGCACCUAUGCCACCACGGACACGCACCAGCCAGUGGCCAUCCACCCGUCAUCUGUCCUCUUCCACUGCAAGCCUGCCUGUGUGGUAUACACCGCACUACUCUACACCAACAAAUGCUACAUGCGUGACCUCUGUGUUGUGGAUGCCGAGUGGCUCUACGAAGCCGCCCCUGACUACUUCCGGAGGAAGCUGAGGACUGCCAGAAACUGAUCAGGAGCUUAGAUCACAGUUACUUCCAAGUAGACUCGGAAGCUGGAGAAACCACACACUUCAGUGCAGCCAGACUUGCUGAGUUCAAGAGCUUGAAAGUGUUGAUGAAACUUCUCAACCUCAGCCAUGCAGACAAUGCUCAUACUUAGACCACAAGAAAUGAGAAUUGUGCUUUGGGUUUGACUGGGCGAUUUUGAGGGUCUGAAUUAACUCCUGAGCCUCAGUUUCCUUAUAGGCUAGAGGGGGAUAGGAUUUAGAAGUUUAGAGAAAAUGAAUAGAAAGCUACCCAGAGAUUUGCCUGGCAUAAGAUAAGACAAUCAGUGAAUUGUAAGCCAUUGUGCUUUGUGAUACUAACUAGGUACAACACAGCCCUUUGAGCUCUUGUGACUGGGGGAGGGGGAGUUUCUGGGAGGAGCCAUAGGAAGCUACAGAUCCAAUUGAUUGACCUCAGUGUUUCUCCCCCUUGCCACCUCCUCCCCUCAUGGAACCCAGGGCCUCAUGCAUGCUAUGCAAACACUCUGCCACUGAGCCAAGCCCCAGCCUUCACUACUAUUUUAAUGUCUACCUAUAUGUCUUUUAAAUAGAAAACAGAAGAAACGAACUCCCACAGACAGUGCCAGAGUAAGGUGUAUUCUGAUAGCUCGGGGUGUAGCACAUUCUCUUGUCUGUCUCCAAGCAGAGACCAGCAAGGAGUUCCUUGACUGGUCCUCAGUGCCUCUGUGGUUGCCCGUCCCCAGUGAUGCUUUCAGGAGACAUGCAGGUUUCCUGAAACUGGAAAGCCAGCUUUUCAGUGCAGUGGCCUUCUGAAAAGCCCAGUGGUGAUUUUCCCUUGGACUGUGCACAUGAGGGAGGCUUCACACCCAUUCAGCAUCCUCUGUUCAGGUGGGGCCCAAGUCAGAGCUGCUGGGUGGCAGGGAGGGGACAGAUAGUUGAUGUUUCAGAAGCCAGAGUGUCAGUUUGUCCUUUCACCACCCUCAGUCUUUGUGCUUUGGUCUUGAUGAUUUUCAGUAUCCUCUUUUCUUCUCUGCAGGGACCUGGGGACAGUUAGCUUUGCUACUUCCUAACCAGAUGCUCUCUCAGACCUUCAUUAUCUGCAUUUGUCAGAGGGAAGUAGAGAAGCCUGUCCAUCCUGUACCUGUUUGGAAAAGACUCAUCUUAGUUGAUUGUUAGGAGCAAACAAUCCCUGGUGUGGUGGUUCAUACCUGUAACCUGGCUGAGAGGGGAGGAGUGAGGCUUCUGGGCUAGCCUAGUGGAGGAAGAAAAAAAAAGCACACUUUCCCAGAAAAUGUUUGAACCUAGAAACAGCCAAAUUUAGCCCUUUUAUUGUACUUAGUUGGUCCAGACAUAUCUCUGCUACUAGGUUUUGUCAUUUAUACAAUGAAUUGUGUUGUUUAUAAGCAGAGGGCCAAACUGCCUACAGUGUACCUCAAAGACAGAGGGCAGUUUCUUUUCUCGGGUCCAACAAGCUCUUUCCAGAGGGCCUAGCCUGCCUGGACACUUCCAUUCCAGGGCCUCAUUGGUCCACAGUGUGUAUGUUGAGUCCAGUCUAGGCUUUAUUAUAACCCUAACCAUGAGCAGUCAAGCUUUUAGCCAGUGUUUAGGGUUGUCUGUGUACUCGUGACUUAGUUCUUUGAUAAAAUGGUUACAUUAUCAACUUUAUGAAAAGCUAUCAAGAAAGUCUUUCCUUUUAAAGUUUAUUUUUUCCUAUUUAAACAAAGGGGCUGGGGUGUUUAUUUAGCCUUGCUUGGGAAGAGAAACUUUUGUAUUUUUAAUAGAGCAUUCAUUAUGCUGGUUAAAGAAUACAAGGGGGGCAAUAAUUUCCUCAACAAUGAGCAGUUUCUGUUCCCCAGUAAACGAAGAGGGUGUUUUCUGAGUCAAGGAAAACUUAGCUUCCGUUGAAUGACUCCAGAGCCGGCACUGGAAACGUACCCUGGGUUGACUAGCUGCAGUGAGAGUGCUAGGCACUUACCAGAAAAGGAGUGAAGGGUGGAGUUUCUGAAUAGCUUUAAUGUUUCUGUACAGAAAUGCGUUCAUCACUUUAACAUUGGGGUAGAAUUUUAAUAGAGUAUUUAGUUUUUUAUUGGGCUUUUAAAAAAUAGCUUUUUAACAAAGCUGCUCAGGGAUUAAAUCAGAUGGAAACCCCAUUCUGACUCCACAUAUUACUACAAAGAAGUUAAUAAUUAUCUUGAACCGCAGGGACAGUGCCCUUUAAGCUUUCUUAAGAAUGGAAAAUGUUGCCUGGCAGUGGUGGCACACGCCUUUAAUCCCAGCACUUGGGAGGCAGAGGCAGGUGGACCUCUGUGAGUUCAAGGACGGCCUGGUCUACAAAGCGAGUUCCAGGUCAGCCAGGGCUGUUACUUAGAGAAAUAUAAAAUUUUUCAUGAUUUUACUGCAAUACAACCUGAACUACUUUUCCAGUUGGUAAACUCUCUCCAACCUGAAGAAUCCUAUCUGGACAGAAGAGCCUCAAACAUGACCUUCAACAGCCCUGCAACACCCAGGGCCAGGGUUUUAUUACCAGGUCCCCAGUGAAAACCUUUACACCUCUGUCUGUUGUAAUAGGAUUCCAAAACAGCAAAACAUUUACUGUGACACAAAUCCUUGUACUCCAGCUACCAGGAUCUGUUUGGAACUAUGGCCAUGCAUCUAAGAUGCCAUUCCUUGAGCACAUAAGCUAGACUGUACCUGUGGGGAAAAUUUUUAUAUUGAUUGCUAUAGUGUAGAAAAAAACUAAAGAGCAAAAAUAUCAAGUUGAUUUGGACUUGUGCUGUAUUCUAUCUGAUCUCAGACAUAACAUAAAAACAGUUCUUGUGUGUAAUGCUUAAAUUUGCCUUGGACUAUCAAAUCCAUAAAAAAAAUGAAUCUUGUUUAUGAUCUGUGUGCCCUCUUUUGUUGGGCCUCCUUUCCCUUAUUUAUAGACUGCUGUUUAGAAUAUUAAACAUUAGCCUUAUUGCCAUUCAUUUGGUAA